AUGACUCCGCGUAUUGUUUCUGAGCAGUUGGAGACUGCACAUUCCAGAUCAUCUGCCGCUCGGAAUUCAGCCUCCCACUCGAGAUCUCUGUCCUCCAACAAGACCGUCACUCCUAUUCCUCCGAGUCUAUUACCCUCCGCACCUGCGUCACCUCCAACCCCGGCCCCUAGCCCGACCCCUCACCAGAGGCCUCCGACAUGGCAGUCCUCAGACGAGGAAGAUGAUGCCUUUCUCCUGAAUGCCAGGAUACAUUUUACUUCUUUGUCCAGUGCGAAGAAGCAGAGAUUUUUGGAGGGUGUACUCGGUCUGUGCGACAGUCAGCUUCUCAGCUUUGUGUCGAGUUAUGUCACUCCACGGUUAAGGAAAGAUCCUUUUCAGGUCUUCCCAACCGAACUAUGCUUGAGGGUUCUCUCAUUCAUCGACGACCCGAAAACCUUGGCGAGAGCCUCUCAGGUUUCAAGGCGUUGGCGUGAUCUCCUGAGCGAUGAUAUUACCUGGAAGAACCUCUGCGAGAAGCAUGCUUAUGCUUACCGGAGACCGUCGGGAGAUUUCAUUGACCCCUUCCACCUGCCUUCGGUUUCAAGCACACGCUCCCUGAACGGGCUGCAGAGAAGAGUAUCGGGUUUACAUCCUUCAGAUAAUCCCUUCGACCUACCUCGCUCUGGCUCUGGAGACUGGCUCUCUUUAGCCUCACGGAAGCGACGGACUCGACCCUUGUCAUACAGAUCUCAUUUCAAGCAAAAGUACAUGGUGGAGUCGGCUUGGAACAAAGGGGGCCGUUGCACCCAACGGCACAUCACGCCAGAUCAAGGUGUUGUCACGAGCUUACAUCUUACCUCGAAAUAUAUCGUGCUUGCGCUGGACAACGCCAAAAUUCAUGUAUACGAUACCAACGGGAACAAUCAGAAAACAUUACAAGGCCAUGUCAUGGGUGUCUGGGCCAUGGUACCGUGGGACGACAUUCUGGUGAGCGGCGGUUGCGACCGCGAGGUCAGAGUCUGGAACAUGGCUACCGGAGCUGGCAUCUACCUUUUACGUGGCCACACAUCGACUGUGCGUUGCCUGAAGAUGUCUGAUAAAAAUACGGCCAUCUCUGGAUCAAGAGAUACGACGCUGCGCAUAUGGGAUUUGACAACAGGCACCUGUCGCAAUGUUCUGGUCGGGCACCAGGCAAGCGUUCGGUGUCUGGCCAUCCACGGGGAUAUUAUUGUUUCAGGGAGCUACGAUACUACCGCCCGAAUUUGGAGCAUAUCGGAAGGACGGUGUCAACGAACACUGUCGGGUCAUUUCAGUCAAAUCUAUGCGAUUGCCUUUGACGGCAGGCGAAUCGCUACCGGCAGUCUUGACACCAGUGUCCGAAUUUGGGAUCCGCACUCUGGCCAGUGCCAUGCUAUCCUUCAGGGACAUACAUCCCUUGUCGGACAAUUGCAGAUGCGAGGCGACACUCUGGUUACCGGCGGAUCUGAUGGAUCAGUGCGCGUUUGGUCAUUGACGAAGAUGGCACCUAUCCAUCGUCUGGCGGCUCAUGACAAUAGCGUGACCAGUCUUCAGUUCGAUAGUUCGCGUAUUGUCAGCGGUGGUAGUGAUGGCCGCGUCAAGGUGUGGAGCUUACAAACAGGCCAACUCCUCAGAGAGUUGUCCACGCCUGCAGAGUCUGUUUGGAGAGUUGCAUUUGAAGACGAAAAGGCGGUGAUCCUAGCUAACCGGUCGGGUCGGACUGUUAUGGAGGUCUGGACAUUCUCCCCUCCAGAAGAAGAUGAUGACGGUGCUGUUGUGGAAAGUACCGCCAGCACACCCGGAUUACGCCCACGCCAACAAAGCAGUCAAGAUGACCUCUCCUUGAAUUGUUCAUCUCGUUCAGCUCGACACCGAAUGCUCUUUUCAGAUCCACCUCCGACCUUACCCUUGAACAAUAACGAUGACGACGACCUCAUGCCGGAUGCCMCUGCUUCGUGA